AAUACUGCUUUGAACAGAGGUUAAGCACAAUGGAGACCAUGGCAACUUUGGAGAGAGACCUUCGUCUCAUGAGGGAGUAUUAUGAGAGUGGAAAGACAAAAGAAGCGUCUUGGAGAGAAUCACAACUCAAAGGGUUGCGUCGUUUCCUCAUGGAAAAACAGCAAGAUAUCAUGAACGCCCUCAUGCUUGAUUUAGGGAAACAUCAAAUUGAAGCUUUUAGAGACGAGAUAGGAACGUUGAUGAAGACAUUAAAUCUUGCACUGAAGUCUUUGAAAGAUUGGAUGUCCAGCAAAAAGGCUCCAUUGCCACAAAUAGCAUUGCUUACUAGUGCAGAAAUUGUUCCCGAGCCACUCGGUCUAGUCCUCAUUAUUUCAUCUUGGAAUUUUCCCUUUGGAAUUUCUUUGGAGCCACUGAUAGGAGCAGUAGCUGCUGGAAAUGCUGCAGUCUUAAAGCCUUCAGAGUUGUCUCCAGCAUGUUCUUCUUUUCUUGCUUCUAAUCUUCCCACUUACUUGGAUAACAAAGCCGUUAGAGUGAUCGAAGGAGGACCACAAGAAGCCCAGCAACUACUCCAGCAAAGAUGGGACAAGAUCUUCUUCACAGGAAGUGCACGGGUGGGACGGAUUGUGAUGCAUGCUGCCGUGAAUCAUUUGACACCUGUCACUCUAGAGUUGGGUGGAAAAUGCCCUGCAGUUGUUGACUCUCUUUCAGCUUCUUGGGAUAUAGAGGUGGCUACGAAGAGAAUUAUUGUCGGGAAAUAUGGGACUUGUGCUGGUCAAGCAUGCAUAGCAAUCGACUAUGUCCUAGUAGAAAGGGGGUACUGUUCAAAAGUGGUGGAAUUGAUGAAGGUCUGGAUUAAAAAAAUGUUUGGAGAGAACCCAUAUCAUUCCAAAACUAUUGCGAGGAUAGUUAAUAUACACCACUUUUUUAGAUUGAAGAAUCUUCUCGCUGAUAUAAAGGUCAAAGAAUCAGUGGUUUAUGGUGGUUCAAUGGACGAGGAAAACUUAUUUAUUGAGCCAACAAUCUUGGUGGAUCCCCCCCUUGAUGCAGAAAUCAUGUCUGAAGAAAUUUUUGGCCCAUUGCUUCCAAUUAUUACUGUGGAGAAGAUUGAGGACAGUAUUAAAUUCAUAAGCUCAAGGCCUAAGCCUCUUGCCCUAUAUGUUUUCACCAAAAAUAAAACACUGCAGAGAAGAAUGGUUGCUGAAACAUCAUCUGGCAGUUUGACUUUCAACGAUGCAAUUCUACAAUAUGCGGCGGAUAGUCUCCCAUUUGGAGGAGUGGGUGAAAGUGGGUUUGGAAUGUACCAUGGAAAGUUCUCCUUUGACACAUUCAGCCACCAAAAGGCAAUUGUCAGAAGAAGUUUUCUCACUGAUUUUUGGUAUAGAUACCCUCCAUGGACGCUGAAUAAGUUUCAACUACUUGAGGUCUCUUACAAUUAUGAUUAUCUUGGAUUGCUCCUUGUCCUUCUUGGCUUAAAGAGACCCUCAAAACGCUUAUCAUAUUUAGUUAAUUAGCUAGCGUGUUACUUGGUCUUUUUAUUUUUUUUUUCAUUUUAAUAGCUGUUAUAAGAGUGUCCAAUGAAAAUAGCUCUUUAUGUAAGUGAUUAGCAUUCAUGGAUGGGUUUGUGUGUUAAACUUAUAUUCAGCUUGAUCUAUCCUUUAUUGUGAUUCUUGUUCAAUGCUACUUUCUCUUUCUCCCAUAUUAUGUACCUCUUUAGUUAUUUUGAUUUGUCUAAAAUAUUAUUUCUAU